CAUAUCUGCGACUACGACCAAUUGUAAUAAUAGUGCAAUUAUUCAAAGUCUUUCUCGCCAUAUUGCUUUCUAAUUCUAUUUUCAUAAUAGAAACUAUUUUUAAAUUAUAUCGAAUCUAAAAAAUAGUUUAUAUUUUUGCUAUACCAAUUACUUAUGUUUAUGAAAAUGGAUUGAAUUUAUUUUUUUUCCGCAAUUUAAACAAAAAAAAAUGAUUUCGACAUUUUUAAUGACAUUGUUUCUUGAAAUUUGCAAUAUGUUGUUAUGAAAAAUUAUUGAAAACAAAAAAAAUCCUUUUUCCCUACUAACUUCAAUUUCAACCACUAUGACGCUAACUUCGCACUAUGAAGUUAGCAAUAUAAGCAAUGAAAAUUGAAGAAUUCUCAAAAUAUUCUACUAGCGUCUUCUCUAAGCACUUGGGUGAUUUAUACGUUAAAUUUCAUUAAUAUACGUAUACUUGUUCGGUAUUAUCAUAAAAAUUUAUCAUAAAAAUGAAACGAAAUAUAUCAAAUUAUUCACAUCACGAUGAGAAAUUUAAACAAUUACGGAAUGAAGAUAAUAAAAUUGAUCUGCGUUCAAGAACAAAAGAAGAACGAUUACAACAUAGACGCGAAGUGUGGUUGAUACAACAAGAACGCGAACGAGAACAUGAAAGAUUGAUGAAAAAAAUGAUUUUAGAAUAUGAAUUACGACGUAUUCGUGAAAUAGAAAAAUUAGGAUCGGAAAGAAGUAAAAGUAGAUCCCCAGAUAGUCGUGAUAGAAGUAAUACAUCAAACACAUCUAAAACAGUUAUAUUAUCCGAUAAAUUAGAAUCUUCAGAUGAUAUAUCUUUAUUUAGAGGACCAGAAGGUAUUCAAAUUAAUGCAACAGAACUACAAAAAAUUAAGCUAGAAAUUCACAGAGAUUUGCCAGGAAAAUCAACAACAACAACUGUGGAAGUUAAACGAGAUAUUAUCAAUCCUGAAGAUGUGAUUCUCAUAAGAAGAACGGGAGAAGGAUCUAAGCCUAUAUUUGAAAGAGAAGAAAUAAAAAAUGUAUUAACAAAAAUAAAUAAAAUUAAAGAACAUGAUACAGUUUUAGUUGUAAAUAUUGAAAAAUCAGGAAACGAAAGCAAAAAAUAUACUUCAUCAAAUUCUUUAAGAAAUCGAAUUCAUGGUUUUCAACAUACAUCGUCUGGUUAUUCCAGGGAAAGAAGUUGCAGCAGAGAUAGAAAUAGAGAAUAUAGAGAAAAGAACAGACGAUAUGAAAAAUUACACAAUGAAAAAGAAAAACUUUUAGAAGAAAGAACAAGUCGUAACCGUUAUUCCCGUUCAAGAGAACGAGAACAAAACUCGUAUAAAAAUGAAAGAGAAUAUCAAAAAUAUCGAGAAACAUCGAAAGAACGAUCUCGAGAUAGAACGGAACGAGAGAGAUGUAAAGAACCUAAAAUAAUUUCAUCUUUAUCGAACAAUUACAAAUAUAGCAAUUAUAAUAAUUAUAAUAAUAAUUAUAAUACUAAUUAUAAAAAAUUACAAUAUUACAAUAUUAUUAAUAUUGAACAAAUUCCUGUUCCUGUUCCUAUUUAUUGUGGGAAUUUUCCACCAAGACCAAUGGGACCUUGGAUUUCAAUACAAGAACAAGUACCAAGAUUUAGGUAUAUUGGUCCACCAACACCAUUUCCACGAUUCAUUCCUCCAAAUGCGUAUAGAUUUCGUCCACCUUUAAAUCCUAGAUUUGGACCUACGCAUCAAUGAAAAAUAU